AUGAAGCCACCGAAGGAAUCCCGAACACAGCGGCUCUUUAGACAACUCAAUGCCGCACAGGACGCAGCGGCUCUUCGCACCCUGGAAGAUUCGAUGGCGCGAGCUCGCCGACAAGCCGAAAUGGCUGAAACUCACGCCGGCGAAUCUUUCCUUGAGCAUCGCGAUGAUACCUUCGAGUUGCCUGAAGAAGUCAGCGAUCAAUUGCCAGGCCUUGAAGAUGAUGAGAAUGAUGAUGGGGACGAUGACUGCGGGGCCUGGGUUACGUUGACUGAAGAAGAACCCGAUGCAAUAGACUUAAUGGUUCAAGCCAGUAAUGAAAGACAUCGUCAGCGCGCUCGAGAAUUCAACUGGAAUGCACUGCUUGACAGCCUCCACCCCAUUUACAUGAUUCAAAAGGCCAUCACCAAGAAUUGGGCCGGGUCAAAUGCCUAUGACGAUUUUGCUAAACCUUGUAACUGUGCACAAUCAAACAGUCUUCGAACAGUAGACCUUGUAGAUAUCUAUGCCCAGCGUCGAGUUGGCAUAAACUUCUGUAGCUGCACACCUGAUGCUAUACGGCUGCUUCAGCUUGGUUAUCUGGCUGGCUCGCCCAUACAUCCUCAGACAGCCUUUUCCUUGCCCCUCCUCAUUUUCCACAACCAUCUGUGGAACAACUGUCAUGUAGGUGCUUUGCCUUUCACUGUGGCCAUGACUCAAUUCCUGGAGCCUCGAUCCCAGCGACUCCAUGCUAGAAAUCACCAACAUGCCCGCGACUUGCGCAAGCCCUUUACCGCCGCAUUAACCGAUCAGAAAAUCCUAGCAUCCCUCUCUUGUCCAGCAUGCUUUGGACCUCAACCCCUCAGCACUUCGAUGUAUCCAGAAACAACCCGUGACCGAUUGGUGGUCUGUCUUGACGGAAAUUUUCAGCAUCGCCACCACUCGAAAGCAAGUCAAAAUCAUGAACAGCUCUGUACCCCCAAAAUCUUUCUUGGACAAGCUGAGGUUGAUCAAGCUACUUGCUUGAUUAGGGAAAGAGAAAUGAAAGACAAUACCCCUGAACAGGUUGACCAAUGUACCCAGUCACAUAAAGCCGCAGAUGAUAAGCGAAACGAGUCAACUUGGAAGGGCUGCGAUGACACGGGGUUGAUGGGUUGCUGCUGCCGACAUGACGCAGCAAUUUACCUUGCUAACAUCCACAAGUCUGGGGAGCAAAGAUGCUUCCCACUUGCAAUUCUUCAGCGAUUGCUGUCUGUUAUUGAACCUACUCGGCAAGUUGGUGUGCUUUACGACAUUGGAUGCUCCUUGGACAAAUUUAUCAACCUGAGGAAACUUCUUGAAAAAGACCGACCUCGACUCAAGUUUGGCACAUCAGUGUUCCAUGCGUAUGUACAUAACUGGAAUUGUCAGUUGGAUUACCAUCCCCGCUUCAACAAAGGAUGGGGACUGUCUGAUGGGGAGGGCUUAGAGCGCAUGUGGUCAUACCUUUCCCCUUUGGUCAGUCCCUUACGAUACGCUACUCGGAACCACCGCUUGGCUUCUAUUGCUCACCAACUGGCACAUCACAAUAGGAAGGGGAUCAAACAACUGUCAACUUUGCUUGGGAAAAGGAACCCCCACAGUCCUAACAAUCGUAACUACACAAGGGCCUUUUUUUUACGCCAAUGGUCUGCACAACGUUCAUUUCAAGAGGAUCAUACCGAUGUGGAAGAGGCGCGAAUGAAGAAGUUGGUUGCUUUGUAUGAGCGAGAAAAUGUAAUAGAUUUGUUGAGAUGUUGUUUACGAAACCCCAGAACUUUGCUUGCCUCAGAGUCAGAGGUACGAGAGCUUCUGGAUUCAAUCAAGUUAGAAUCUGAGAAGCUAAAAGAAGAAGUUGAGAAUCUGUCCAGUGGUGAUAUGCCUGCUGGGAAUGUGGAAGAAAGGAAGAUGCGCCUCCUUCUUUGGAGUGCAAAAUCCGAGUUGUUUGUUCAAGCUGUUCAUCUGAUGGCUGAAAGGCAGCCUCUUUGUGACGCAAAGAAUACUAGAUCACGGUUGGGAACAAGGUUGAAAGAGAAAGUGUUCAAGGCCAUUAAUAAUCGGCGACCUGCGAUUGACAAGUUGAUUGAUGAAUAUAAUAAGAAAUAUUCCCAAUACAAGCUCAAGUUUCCCGAUUGCGCUGGCUCAACAGUUGGUGACAACGGUCUCCUGUCAUACGAAACACUCAGUAGCUUAUCACUUGAUGAUGCUUUCUGGAAUGAUGGCCUGUUUCACCAUUCUGAUGCACCGUGGGCGAUCGAUCCGAAUGUGCGAGAGGGGAUAAGGUGCAUGCUUGUUUUAGACAGAAUUCAAGAAGAGUUCGAGCUCAUUUCCCAAGAAGUUGUGCGGUCAAUGUCCUGGGCUAUUGGUUUACAUGACCAAUUGGUCAAGUAUAUUGGUUAUCUGCAAGACCGUAUCAAUCUCAUGAGUAAUAACUCCUCUGAGCGGCCCAUCGACCAUUUUGAUGCAAUUCACUUGCCUGGGUUGAAUCGGAAAGAGAAGGCAAAUGAAAUCAAGAUUGAAUUGGGCAAUCGACUUGCAUCUCACACGAACUGUAGAAGAAUGGUCUGA